UUUGCUCAUUUAUACCCUUAAACUUUUACCAAAGAAGUCAUUUUAGUAUUGCAUCAAUAUUUAAUACGAGUAGUAGGAAGUAAUAACUAAUAUUAAUAUUCUUUUUUAAGUUAGUUAAUUAGAGAAAUUAUUAUGGAUACUAUAAAGUGGAGGGAAAUAGUUGAAGCAUUUUGAACAUAAACUUUUAAACUUUAAUGAAACACUGUAUUAUACAGAGUAUUACUAUACAAUAAAUACUACGCACUCCGUAUUUUUUAUCAAAAAAAAAAAAAGCAUUUAGUUGGGAAAGUCAAGGUGAUCUUAACCCAUGACACGUGGAUAGCCAACCAUAGACGUGGCCUACCUUAAAAAACAUCACGUGUAAAUGUUGUAAUUUCUUUUUUUUUUAAAAAAAUUACUUUUAACUUUUCUUUCUUUUCCCCGAUUUUCUCAACUUUCUAACAAAGACAAAUCUCAUACAUUUUUAUUUUUGUUGUUUUAUUUCAAUCCCAUCCCAAAAAUCACCAAAAAAAAAAAAAAAAGGAAAACUUAGAUUGUAUAAAUAAAUAAACAAGAAGCUUCAAAUCAUGCGACGAACAAAGGGUUUGAUGGCGAUAGAAGGAAGUGAUAAUUAUUUAUUAGCGAGUGAUUUGUUGAAUAAUAUGAUGAUGGUUAUGGAAGAUGGUUUUAAUAAGAAUCCUAACAAAGAUGUUUAUUAUUAUACACUUUGUGCUUCUUUUGCUUUGGUUGCCAUCAUUGCUUUGGUGCAACUUAUCCGAAUACAAAUGCGAGUACCAGAAUAUGGAUGGACGACACAAAAGGCCUUUCACUUGAUGAAUUUCGUUGUAAAUGGGUUGAGAGCCAUUCUUUUUGGAUUGUACAAAAAAGUGUUUCAGAUCAGGCCGCAUACUCUUGAACUCGUGCUACUCGAUUUCCCGGGACUUCUCUUCUUUUCCACUUACACAUUGCUCGUGUUGUUUUGGGCAGAGAUUUAUCACCAGGCAAGAUCCCUACCCUCUGACAGACUCAGACCGGCAUAUUAUGCUGUAAACGGGAUAGUUUAUGUCGUUCAGAUAAUUAUAUGGAUUUGUAUGAGGCUCGUUAAAAGUCAUGCAGCUCUCCAGGUGGCAAAACUCUUUUUAUCAGUUAUUUCAUUUAGUGCAGCUUCUGGAUUCUUGGUAUACGGUGGAAGGCUGUUCUUUAUGUUGAAGCGAUUUCCUAUAGAAUCUGUAGGCCGUCAAAAGAAGAUCUAUGAAGUCGGAGUAAUAACCGCGAUAUGCUUCACAUGUUUCUUAAUUAAAUGCUUAGUGGCUGCUGUCUCUGCGUUUGAUGAUGAUGUUGAUGUUGAUGUCGUCGAUCAUCCUUUAGGAAAUCUUCUUUAUUACAUGGUGGUUGAGAUUGUUCCUUCUGCUCUAGUGCUCUUUGUUCUUCGAAGGCUACCUUCAAGACGCGUUUCGGAUCAGUAUCAAGCCAUCCAAUGAAGCGGUCGUCUUAUUUUUGGCCUGAUGAUUGGGGUAAUUAAGUCGGUGACAAGAUGCAGAAGCCAUUGGACAGUCACAGAGUCUAAAAUUGCAAUUUAUUGUCCUCUGGUAUAGGAAUUAAAAAUAGUAUUUCAUAGAGAUACCCUGGCUUGGCAAUGGACAAUGGCAGCAGAAUAUGCUUGGUUAAAUAAAUUUUCCUCACUUAGAAAAUGAGAAAUUCGAAACAUACAUGCAUAUUUAGUUUAGAUAAUUUGCAAAUAAAUACUUGAUUCUAUUUCGAAAGUGUGUAUAUUGAUAAAUGCAUGUAUUAAGUUUUA